UCUCGGCGCCUCAGUAUCUUGCUUCAAGCCUUUCCGGCAGGUGAGGAUAUCCUCGGCGCGUAUGCGGACGCAGAGUCCUGGAGGAAAUUGCAGAUGUUGAGAAGGGAACGAUCGUGGCUGCUGUUGGGCAGGCUGGGCGGCAAAAUGCCGCUCAUGGAAAAGUAAGAAAUCCAUGUGCACAGUGCGUCGUUUCCCUAGCCCGGGAACACUCCUGAUUGUCAGGAGGAGACAUUCAACAUCUUGGCGGAGAAGGAGCAUUCAACCCCCCUUCCAGUCCGAGAGAUCGUCGGGGGGCGGUGCGGUGCUCCUUCGCGGCAUUGUUGCAUCUAUGUGUGCCGUUUUCUCUCGCCAACUUUUAAAAAAUGGAAUCCCGACAGUCUCGAAGAGCAGUCGAAGAAAAUCCUCGCCAGCGUGCUCGCGCGGACAGGAUCCACCGCCGGUCUCGGCACCCCACAAAAGGCCCCUCCCCAUGGGUGCUACGGACUUCGACUUCGUCGGACUAGUCGAUCGCUUGCAGCAAGGGGAAGAAGCAUAAUCGCGGGACGAGCGUGGAGACUCUGGUGCAGCUCCUAUAAUAAGUUGUCGGGUAUCCUCGUCUCCGAGGCAUCCACAGCCAACACUGG